CCAAGGUUGUGUUGGAGAAGUACAACAAUCAAGUGUAAUAAUUCUCACUGACGGCAAUGUGGCAAACUCGUCUUGCCACGGCAUCACUUCUGCUGAUAUCAGCAUACGCAUUGAAUUGUCCGGCGAAUUACGAUGACAUCGGUAGCGGUUGCGUGUAUGCCCCUGACGAGCAGUUGACCGCGCUUGAGGCCCAGGUUCUGUGUCAUGAUUUUCAAGGGGAACUCGCCACCCUCGACCGCUGCGACAUCUUCACGGACGCCGUGCACUACCUCGAAGAAACAGGUGGGAUGAACGAUAGUUUCUGGAUCGGUGGAACGUACUCAGUGACCCGAGAUGAAUGGCAGUGGAGGGACGGUUCUGUUAUAGCCAUGGGGGCACCAUUCUGGGGAACGGCUGAUGGAGGCACGUGGGAGCCUUUUGGAGGUAACUGCACUGGGAUUUUCUAUGGAGAUAACCCCUACAUGGGGGCGUAUACUUGCGACGCGGAGUUUCAUCACAUCUGUGAGGGACCAUCAACUGCAGAGGGUCGUUGCAACCUCCCCUUCACGCCGGUGGGCAGUCAGUGCCUGAGCUUUGAAAACGCAACGCAACAGUCCUGGCAGAUCUCGAGGAAUAUCUGCCAGGUAGAUGGAGGCGACCUUGUCACCUUCGACGACUGCGAGCAGUUCAGCAUUGUGGCUAACUACAUACUUGAGCAUGAUUUACAGUACAUAGACCGGUACUGGGUGGGUGGCUACCUUGAAACUUGGGACACGGAGGACUGGUUCUGGCUCGAUGGUUCCUCUAUCCCUAUGGGAGUUCCGCUGUGGGGGCAGUUCUACGUUGGAGAAUUGCUCCCCGACAACCCGACAGUCGAGCGGUGUCUGGAACUCGGUUAUGAAUAUCGGCAUCGGUUCAACGAUCUUGACUGCCUAGAGUUGCGCCGGCCGCUCUGCAUGACAUCGCCAGUUGAAUGAUGUUGUAAAAGUAGGAAGAUAAAAUUCUAAAAUUCCCGUGGCAGAAUCAUAUUUAAUAAGUUGAAUCAUUCAGAGCAAGAACAUUCACAGGUAUAUAAAGUCGUGCAAAAGAGAUCACAUGAAAAAAUAUCAUAAUCUGAAUUUAAAUCUGGCCGUCAUUAUUUGAACAUAUAUGAAAUAGAAUGUAGAUGAUGUAAGCUGAAAUAAGUAUUUACCCGUAAUUUCACGUAUCGAAAACAUAUAUUUUGUCGUGCUACGCCUAACGCUUCAUUUGUGAGCUCUUUUGUCGUUCACUCAGGGAUUUUUUUGUUUGCUUGAAUCUAGACAGCGAUUAUAAUUUGCUACAAGAUCAAUUUCAGAGGAAAUUAUUAUUGUAAAUAACGAAAUUUGUACAUAGUAAAACCAAUUUCGCAUAUGAU